UCAUCUGUUGCAUAACAUGGUUUUACACGUGAGUCCAGCCGCAUCCCCAGCUGGGCUGCCGUCGUGACCACGCCCAUCGACCAAUCAGACUGUCACGGGGAAACGCUCCCGCCAAUGGGAGUCGAGCAGGCGUGGCUCCGGUCGGCCAGAUUCACGUGGUGGACCUGAUGUGUUGCGUUCCGGUGGAGUAAUGGAGGGACGUACGAGAAACUGGAGCAGGUGAUUAUUGAACAUAAACAUCAAUUCUUUCAAUGGAAGACUCUUGCGUAAGCAUCUAGUAAAACAUCAUCUUCAUGGAUUUCUCUAUAGACCUUCAUUGUUGAUGUGGAAAAAAACAGCGGAGCAUCUAGAUUGCGGACCAGAGCUUCAGUAGAGGUGGGCAGCGGUCGGAGAAGAACUUGCAGCAGGGAAUGCCGGGAGGAAACGGCUAUCCCGAUGGAGAAGAGGAGAACUCUUCUCCAGGCUCCAGCAAGCGUGCGGAGCAGACGGACCAAACUGGGCAGGACCCUGGGACCAGCGGAACCGGAUCCGGUUCAGGUGAGGAGGAGGAGGCUGAGGAGCAGCGAGGAAGAACCAGUAGAGGGGAAAGCUCAGCGGGGUGUGAGGAGAGCGGAGGAGAGCAGACACACGAGGAUGUGGACAUGAACAGCAGCCACGACUCCAGCAGCGGAAAUGACAGCAGCGGUGGGUCACGACAUCAUCACUCCUCGGCCAAUUGCAGCCCUGGAAGCACCAUGGGAUCAGGAAGCACCAAGAGUGAGAAGACGCACCUAGAGAUGAUGCAAACGGUGCAGGAGAUGAAGAAACGGCUGCCAUCUGAGAAGAGAAGACGCAGUAAAGCCAGUACUGUAGAGGCACUGAACUACGCACUGAAGUGUGUCAAACAAGUACAAGCAAACAGUGAGUACUACAACUUACUAAUGAGCAGCGGACUGGAGAAGAGACGAGAGGCUACUGUGUGCACGCUGGAGGAGCUGGAGGGAAUCACAUCAGAACACACACUGAAAAACACCGACACGUUUGUGGUGGUCUUCUCUCUGGCCUCCGGGAAGGUGGUUUACGCGUCUGAGCAGGCCUCCAGUGUGCUUCACUGCAAGAGGAAGUUUCUGGAAUCUGCCAAGUUUGUGGAGCUGCUGUACCAUCAGGACGUCAACGUGUUUUACUCGCACACAGCGCAACCGCGACUGCCGCCCUGGAACGUGGGCACAGACAGCACGGCGGUCCUGUUUGAAUGUGCCCAGGUCAAGUCCUUCUUCUGUCGAAUCAGAGGAGGGAAGGAUAGAGAUGGAGAAAUGCGUUAUAGUCCUUUCCGGAUCACUCCGUACCUGCUGAAGGUUCAGGGAUUGAGCGGAGAGGAGGAGCUGUGCUGUCUGGCCCUGGCCGAGCGUAUCAUCUCAGGAUAUGAGGCUCCUCGCAUUCCCAUGGACAAGCGCAUAUUCAGCACGACUCAUUCGCCAGGCUGUGUCUUUUUAGAAGUGGAUGACCGUGCGGUGCCUUUGCUCGGCUACCUCCCUCAGGACCUGAUCGGUACCUCAAUUCUGACCUGCCUACAUCCAGACGACCGCCUGCUCAUGCUGGCCAUGCACCGCAAAAUUGUGAAGUAUGCGGGCCAGCCUCCAUUUGAACACUCACCCAUCCGCUUUCGGUGUCAGAAUGGCGACUACAUUACCCUGGACUCCAGUUGGUCCAGCUUCAUCAACCCUUGGAGCCGUAAGGUGGCCUUCAUCAUCGGCAGGCACAAAGUUCGCAUUGGACCUCUGAAUGAGGACGUUUUUGCCGCGCGGAGUAAAGCCGAGCAGCCGAUCAUGUGUGAGGAAGUUAAAGAGCUGCAAGCCAUGAUCUACAAGCUCUUCCUUCAGCCGGUUCAUAAUAAUGGAUCCAGUGGCUAUGGCAGUCUGGGUAGUAACGGCUCUCACGAGCACUACAUCAGUGUGGCGUCAUCCAGCGACAGUAACGGAAACCUCUGGGAGGAUUCGCACAGAGAACCGAUGACAUUGCAGCAGUUUUGUGCUGAUGUCAAUAAAGUGAAGAACUGGGGCCAGCAGGCGUAUCUGGACUCCCGGAGGAAGCUCACACCAUUAGGACCAGCCACUGCAGUGGCGGCAGCAGGCGUUCAUCCUAACACUAGUCGGGGUUUGGGAAUUCGAAAUCAUCUAAAGCAGUCUCUACAAGAAGCGCGGAAACAGCCACACAUUCCAUCCUACCAGCAGAUCAACUGUGUGGACAGCAUCAUCAGAUAUCUGGAGAGCUGUGCGACAUCUGCUCUGAAACGAAAGAGUGAAUCUUUGUCCAUAGCUACAUCAUCUUCUUCCUCCAUGUCUGAGGAAGACAAACCCACAACAGCCGCACAUGAAGACACUAUGAACGCAGACGAAGCUGCACUCGAGGGCGCCGGUGCUCUGGACAGCCAGGUGUCUGCGUGUUCAGCCACGACGGCAGCGGUGGUGGGAGCGCCGCUCACAGACAUCACAAUCUCCACAGAAGCCAUGAGCGUGGUGUCCGUCACCAGUCAGUGCAGUUACAGCAGCACCAUAGUGCACGUACCCCAGCCCGAGUCAGAGGUCACUGCUUUAGAAGAUGCUCCAAUGGGUAGUGAGCCAACAGACUCCGCCCCCACCCCUGCACGCCCCGCCCCCAGCACCUCCUCAGUGGCUCAGGAGGAGUUAUUCGUGGUGGGUCUUACUAAAGAGGUGCUGUCGGCCCACACGCAGAAGGAGGAGCAACAAUUUGUGGAUCGUUUCCGACAUCGUAUCCUGCAGAGUCCCUACAGCUCCUACCUCCAGCAGGACAACAGCAGCAUGGCCCAUUCUCAUCACAGAGCUGAUGUUGUGCGUCCUCCGAACAAACACAAGCGUCCCAAACCAGAAGACUCAUCCGACAGCUAUGGCUCCCAGCCAGGCAACUACUGGUCACUUCCCGGCCCCACAGGAGCUCCUUAUUCCUCCUGGCCUUCCUCAGAGUCCUCUCAACCCGGCUUUGUGCCGCCCAUGGCAAUGCCCAUGCAAACGGCCCCUUACUUCACCGUGGUCGGUGCGGAUCAGCAGCCCAUAGUGGUCCAGCCUGACCAAGGUGUCCAGAACCUCCAACCCAUGCAUCCCAUGACUCCCAUGACUCCCAUGAUGGUCGUCCUGCUUCCUAGCUACCCCAUGUACCCCGGGAAUAAUGGAAUGUACCUGCAGGGGAUGCCCGUCCCGGCACCCACAGUCGUUCCUCAGCCUCCCUUUAAUAUGAGCGGCUAUGUCUCACCUGGUGGACACGUGCCACAUGGGUCUCCGUCGCAGGGCCAUCCUCCAGGUCCCACCGCCACAGGAGUCGGGAUGGUACAGGGUGCCUCGGCGGAGGUCGAUUCAAUACCCGCCCCUUGGUUUGGGGAAGACCUUGAUGCAGCACAGCCCACGGCGCUCUUCUCCAGCUCUCGCUCCAGCUCGCCCAUCCAGCUGAACUUACUCCAGGAGGAGCUGACCAAGCCCACAGAAGCCCAGAACAGCACUGGUCCAGAGAGUCUGCACGAGCAUCAGGCCAAAGCGGAGGACGCUCCCAGCGAGUCGGGUAACCAAGACACCCAUUCUACCUCCAGUGAAAUGCUUGACCAGUUGCUACAGGAGGACGCCCGCUCAGGAACCGGCUCCAACGCCUCGGGCAGUGGCUCCGGAGAGUCGGGAGGAUCUCUGGGCUCCGGGUCGGGACUCUGUUCUAACGGAACAUCCACCAGCCAUACCGGCAGCAGCAACAGCAGCAAGUACUUUGCCAGCAACGAUUCAUCGGACACGUCGCGGAAAGCGCGCAAGUCCGCGGAGGCCCAGGAACUGGAGCGUACGACUUUCAAAAAGCACGUGGACAAUCCGUUAUGGAGCAUGAUCAAGCGGACGCCCGAACCCGUCAUGAUGACCUAUCAGAUCGGCCCCAGGGAUCAGGCGCAGGUUCUUCAGGAAGACCGGGAGAAGCUGCUUCUGAUGGAGCCCAUGCAGCCCUGGUUCACCCAGGACCAGAAGAAGGAGCUGGCCGAGGUUCAUCCCUGGAUCAAUCAGCACACGGUCCUACAGGAGAUCAACGAACAGUGUGUGAGUUUUACCACCAUGGAACUGGGCAAGGAACUGAAUCUUCAGACUGACUCUCCAAACCCUCCGACUCCUGACAGCUCCUGUCCGUCUCACGAUGCCAGACCCAACACCGACACCUGACCGCAGGCCCUGCUGGACCUCUGGCCUUCUGGGACUCGGUGAUUCUUCUGCUCUCAGCUGGGAAUCGUGGGAAGAGACAGACGCCCGCAUCCGCGUGCCAGUGUCUCAUAUUUCCUCCCGAAGUCACGAAACGAGGCGAGCCCUUUGCACUCAAUCAGACCACAUCAGCGUGAGUUUGGACACUUGCAGGAGAAGGACAGUGAGCGGCGGUCAUCACAUGACCAUGCAUUUCUCUCUGCUGUUCUCCGUUACAGUCCAUGGACCCAAACAACUGUGAAUAUCAGACUAUAAUUUGGUAGUAAUGUCACCAGUGUAGGUCGUAUUUUUUUAAACUGUUGCCCGAAUGUUUUUUUUUUGUUAAUUAAUAAUGUGUCCUCUACUGAAUCUUGUAGGCUCAGGAGGGUUCAUGAUCACCCAGAAGUACCUGUAAUGAGUUUCCUGACCACUUGCGCAGAUAUAAAUGCGUAUAAAUGUCCCACAAUGCUGCAACAUCCUAUGCAGUUACUAAAGAACAUAAGUACUCACCGCCAUAAACUAAAAGCAUCUACGAAUGGAAAUGAAUGAUAUUUGGUACAGAGCACAAAGAUCUUCAUUCUUUAUUGAGCUCAUCCAAUGCGGAUCAUUUGUAUGAGGCCUUAAAUUAGUUUUUCCGUCAGUGUGUUUGUUCAUUUUUCUUUUCUCAGUUUCAAAUGUUUCUUCCACUGUACAUGUGACUGAACGAUGUCAAGGAAUGUCUUACUAUGGUAUAAAACUAAAGUAAUGGUGUAAUUGGAAUAUGCAGACAUUUUUCUCUUGUGUAUGUUGGGUUGAUAGCUGAACUUAUAACUGGGUCACAUUUCACUACAAAAUGAAAAAAAGAUAUAUAAAAUUUACAUUAAAAAAAUUAUGACCAUUUUAGAAGCAUUUAUUUUCGUUGUGUGAAUUUGGGAGAAAAAUCUGAUUAAUUGUGAAAAUGCAAAAAUAGCAAUGCAUUAAAUUAUUUUUAUAUAUGCAAUAAUAGUAAUAAUAAUAAUAAUAAUAAAAUUAUUAUUUAAAAUAUAAAAAUGUAUUUUUAUAUAUUAUUAUUAUUAUUAUUAUAUUUUCUGAUAUUUCUGUUGAAUUGUGACCUAAACACUCUCAGAAAAAAGGUACAAUACCCUUUAAAAGGUACACCUUUGUAUCUUAUUUACCACUACAGGGUCCAUAUUAGUACCUCAAAAGUAUAUAUUAGUAUAUGUACCUUUAUUUCUGAGAGUGUAAAUAUUUAAAACUUCAUAAAGUACCCAAAAAAAGACACACUGCCAUUUACAGUACAAUUUUCACCAAACCUCAUUUUCUGUUAUUUUGUCUUUUUUUAUUUAUUGAUCUGUUGUGUUCAGAAAGGGGUGGGUUGGGUGUGUGUGUGUGUGUGUGUGUCAGGGACGACGUGUCUUUGUGAGCACAUUUCCUGUGGUGUUCCUGUAUUCAGAUUACACGUUGUUCCUUUCUGCUUUUUAGGUUGUUGCAGAGAGCUGCCAGAGGCCCAAAUUACUGACCCGUCAGUCCCACCCGACAGAAAACCUAUGAUUUGUACAGUUUUGUGAUCAAAGAGUAAUUUUUGUACAGUUUUUAGAGAGAAAUGUAAAUAUUGGUCCAAUGUAUUUUAUGAAAAAAAGGUGCAAAAUACAACAAACUGUAUAAAAAAAAAGAAAAAAAAGAAGCCAUUUUGUGUCAAAUUCAGGGAAAUAUUUUGACACCACAUGAUAAAUAUGAAUAAAACACCACAAUGACUUAAACUGUUGUUGUUUUUUAAAUGUG